AUGACAAACGUGCUCGCAACGUUGAGCUUACCCUACCCGGCCCGCGGUCAUCACGGGGCGAGGGCGGAACUCCCUUCCCAAAUCUUGAAUCACCACCAGCAUCACCACCUUGGGGGGGACGAGUACCUUUGCCUGCAAGCGGUACACGCCUUGGCGACAGCCAUUUCGAACGGGAACGGCUCUAGCGGGGGAGACCCACAGCUUGGGGACGCGGCCGGCGAGCAAGGUGUCGGCAGGCUGUUCACCACUACGGUCUCAAAGCUGUGCGGUGGCUCGUCUUUCUACUUGCCGCCACCAUCCAACCAAAGCGACGGAGAAGGCCGAGAUGCGGGUAUCGCUUCGACUGCAGUGACAUACCCUGUCGAGGGUAGAAUCCUACCAGCCCCCAUGUCUUUCAGAACAGCCUUCCCGAAGAUGGCGACGGCAGUUCGAAUUCUGGCGGUGGUACGCGACGGGAAUUGGUCGGAGUUCUUCCGGCUGCUUGGCAAUUUCACGCCGAAGCCUAACGACGCAAUACGUGAGGGCACGAAGCUGCUGGUCGGGGGUGAGAACGCUUCAUCCCCUUUUGCCGUUCGCCUUCGAUGCGUAUGCCACGUCAUGCUUCUGCCCGUGAGGGCCCACGCGCUGAGAGCUAUGAACAAGGCGUACGGAAAAAGCGAGAAGGUUCCGCUGGCCGACGUCGCGAGAAUGUUGCGGGCACGCGACGAGGAGCACGCGGAAGGCAUCUGCCGCGCCCUCUCCCUCCCCAUCGAGGAGAUCAAACACGGAGACGGCAGCAACACGAGCGGCCACCAAACGGAUGCAAAAGACCAACCACAGGCGGUGGUCUUCAAGUGCGUACCGGCGGUGUGGAAGUCGGAGACGGCGAAGAAGACUAGUUUUUUCUGCGGCACAAAUAGUGGCAAUGCGCGAGGUAGUUGCACCUUGCGAGAGGAUGACUGGGUGGGCUUAACGCGAGCGUUGGCCGCGUCUGCAUCCGACAAGAACAGAAGCAGUAGCGCUGACAGCAACAAGACCGCCGCUACCGCUACGUGCACCGCGUGCGCCGGUUUCGGGUGUUCAUGGUGCGAGAACGGCAUCGUGAAGGCCGAAGAAGGUAUUUCCAGGUUAGCGCAGGAGGAGGAGGAAGGUUUGUGGCAGGUAGCUCUCUGCCCCACAUGUAAGACAACACACGGCCGCAAGUAGACGACUUACGCUUUCGGGUAACCGGCCGAGUCCGAAACAUUUUUGUUACUUGAUGGACGCGGGCGAGGCUGCCGUGUGGUCUGGUUGUGGGGCUAGGGAGGCUGUGACGGGUAGUAGCUUUUUUCAGCGCCCUCGGUCGAAGCUUGUUGGCGCUUUGGUUUUGUGUUGUUUUGCCCGGGACUUGAUUGCCUCAAGCCUGGAGACACGAUUAACGUGUAAUUUGUCGGUCACCCAAGCGGCGUAUGUAGAUAAUAGACUGAGGGC